CUGCGUCCCACGCGGGUUGUCCCUCCCUCCUCCAUUGCUUCGCCCAAACGAUAGUCCCCUUAAAUAGACCGUGACCGCACCUUUAUCGUGGCUUCCGCGUCUCGUCUUCUCCGCCCCCAAUCUCUCAUCAACCCCUCCCUCUCUUCCCCAGUAUCCUUAGCCAUUGAAUCCCACGACGCGGUCAAAAUGGAGCCUCUCAACGUCUUGAUGAUCGGUACUGGAGAGUACACCACCGGCUUUGUCGGUGGUGGUGCCUCUGGCUCGGAUAAGAAGGUCGGCGUCGUCGGUCUCAGUCUCUUCGACCUGAGGAGAAGAGGCAAGGUCAGCCGGCUGGGCAUGGUCGGCGUCAACGGCACCAAGUUUCCCGCCAUCAGGGAACAUCUCGACAAGAACAUCACCCAGUUCUACAACGGCCUGGACACCUCCUUCGACUCAUUCCCCGCCAACGACAAGGUCGACCCCGAGUCCUACAAGACGGCCAUCGACGCGCUGAAGCCCGGCGACGCCAUUACCAUCUUCACCCCCGACACCACCCACUACCCCAUCGCCCUCUACGCCAUCGAGCGCGGCAUUCACGUCCUGCUGACCAAGCCCGCCGUCAAGGAGCUCGACCACCACCAGGCCCUCAUCGAAGCCGCCGAGAAGAAGGGCGUCUACGUCUUCGUCGAGCACCACAAGCGCUUCGAUCCCGCCUACUCAGACGCCCGCUUCAAGGCCCAGAAGCUCGGCGACUUCAACUACUUUUACAGCUACAUGUCCCAGCCCAAGUCCCAGCUCGAGACCUUCAAGGCCUGGGCCGGCAAGGACUCGGACAUCUCCUACUACCUCAACAGCCACCACGUCGACAUCUGCGACUCCAUGGUCACCCAGCUCGGCUUCGUGCCCGUCAAGGUCACGGCCUCGGCCUCCAAGGGCAUCGCUACCGAUCUCGGCUGCGACCCCGCCACAGAGGACACCAUCACCGUCCUCGUCGACUGGGUCAAAACGGGCGACCCCAGCAAGAGGGCCACCGGUGUCUACACCGCCAGCUGGACUGCGCCGCAGCGCGCCGGCGUCCACUCGAACCAGUACUUCCACUACCUCGCCGCCAACGGCGAGAUCCGCGUCGACCAGGCCAAGCGUGGCUACGACGUCGCCGAAGACGCCGCCGGCCAACUCAUGUGGUACAACCCCUUCUACAUGCGCUACGCCCCCGACGAGGACGGCAACUUCAACGGCCAGACCGGCUAUGGCUACAUCUCCCUCGAGAAGUUCGUCGACGGCUGCCGGCAGGUCAACGCCGGCCAGCUCAAACCCAAGGACCUUGAUGCCAAGGGCCUGCCCACCCUCAAGAACACCAUCGCUACCACCGCCAUCCUCCACGCCGGCAGGAAGAGCAUCGACGAGAACCGCGACGUCAAGAUCGAAAUCAACGACGGCGUCUGGAAGCUGGUGUAAGGGCUAACGGGGGGCGAGAGAGGGAGGCUUGCGUAUGACGACGACCUGUAGGCAUGCAUAGGGACUAUAUACCAUCUACUUUUGGCGUUGAAUGAAACUGGUCAUGGCACACGAUGCGCCACCAUGAUAUCCGUGACUGCUGCUUCGCG